AUGAAAUCAGCCAUGGAGGAAGAUCCUCCAGGAAGCAGUCAAACGACGGCUUCUCAGCUGAAUCUCCCACCGUCGAUGAUGAAUCGACCGACGGUCUCACUCGAGACCUCCCGAAUCAACCGUCUAAUCGAUUCCAACCACUACCACUCUCCGUCGAAGCCUAUCUACUCCGAUAGGUUUAUCCCGAGUAGAUCCGGGUCCAAUUUCGCGCUCUUCGGCCUCGAACCGUCGCCGAAGAAGGACGGGAAGGAAGAAGCGGCGGGCUCUUACGCGGGUCUGUUGCGGACGGCGCUCUUCGGUCCGGAGACGCCGGAGAAGAGAGAUGUGGUCACUGGGUUCUCUCCGUCCCGGAAUAUUUUCCGGUAUAAGACGGAGACGCAGCGGCCAGUGAACUCGUUCUCGCCGUUUGGGUCUGAUGAGGCUCCUGGUGUUAGCCGUACCCCCGCUAAGUCGCCGAGGAAGAUUCUUAGAUCGGCUUAUAAGGUAUUGGAUGCGCCGGCUCUGCAAGAUGAUUUUUACUUGAAUCUCGUGGAUUGGUCUGCUCAAAAUGUUCUUGCAGUUGGAUUAGGGAACUGCGUGUAUUUGUGGAAUGCUUGUAGUAGCAAGGUAACUAAGUUAUGCGAUCUUGGGAUCGAUGACAGCGUCUGCUCAGUCGGUUGGGCGCUCCGUGGAACGCAUUUGGCGAUUGGAACUAGUUGCGGAACUGUACAAAUAUGGGAUGCGGCAAGAUGCAAGAGAAUAAGAACAAUGGAAGGUCAUCGACUACGAGUAGGAGCCUUGGCGUGGAGCUCAUCGGUUCUGUCUUCCGGUAGCAGAGACAAGAGCAUACUUCACAGAGACAUACGUUCUCAAGAAGAUCAUGUGAGUAAGCUAACAGGUCACAAGUCCGAAGUCUGUGGACUCAAAUGGUCUUAUGACAACCGCGAGCUAGCCUCAGGUGGUAACGACAAUAAGCUAUUUGUAUGGAACCAACAUUCAACACAACCGGUUUUGAAAUACUGCGAACACUCAGCAGCGGUUAAAGCCAUUGCGUGGUCUCCACAUCUUUAUGGACUUCUUGCUUCCGGUGGUGGUACUGCCGAUAGAUGUAUCCGUUUCUGGAACACUACCACUAACACUCAUUUAAACUGCGUAGACACCAACAGUCAGGUGUGUAAUUUGGCUUGGUCUAAGAACGUGAACGAGCUUGUGAGCACGCACGGAUACUCCCAGAACCAAAUCGUCGUCUGGAAAUACCCAACCAUGUCUAAAUUGGCAACUCUCACAGGCCACACUUUCCGCGUUCUGUAUCUUGCGGUCUCACCCGAUGGACAGACGAUAGUGACAGGAGCAGGAGAUGAAACGUUAAGAUUCUGGAAUGUCUUCCCAUCCCCGAAAUCUCAGAGCAGGGAGAGCAAAAUAGGAGCAUCCUCUUUUGGGAGAACAACAAUUCGGUGA